UUUCCCCCAUUUGCUCCGAAAGUACAUGAAUUUCUCUUUUAGGUGCGGUUGUUUCGUUGUUGAGCAAAACAGAGGGAAUGCCAAUCAUUCGGAAUUUCGAUGGAAAAAUACUCCAUUCCAAACGGCCUCAAAAAAUUUCACCCAGUUGUUGGCGAAAGCUUCCCUUUUUACGGUUUCGCAAUGCCCAGUGGCUGUUGUCUUUGGAUUUCUUUUCAAGGUUGGAUUCUGUGAUGUGCGUUAGCGUUGUCUCAGUCGAUCUUGCGGUUCAUGGAGGAGCCAAUCGGUUGAGUUUGUUUCUUAAUUUAAGAAUUGGAAGUGUUGGGGAUAUGAAGCAUAUGUUAUGGUUUACCUAGUCGUAAUAUACCAAUUUCUUGUUUUUGUAGUACUAAAAUUUGUCUGAAUCUCACCAAACAACCGAUCAUGAGCUAUAUUUAUCAAAAAGAAACUUAUAUUGUUUAGCAGUACCCGCGGAACCGCCGGGUGGUGAGCUCACACCUACUCGGCUUUUAAGGAAAAACGGCUAUGGUGUUAGCAUCGCCCAUCGUUUUGUUUGUAGGAUGUAUUUUAAAAUUAAUUACUGAGGAUGCUUUUGCUUUUUUAAUUUUUGCAUCAGAUUAAGCAAUUCGUCAUGUUAUUCAUACCGAAAACUAUGAACGGUGGUUGGCCGAGGUGUCCUAGUUUAUAUGGUUGCUUGCGGUUAGGCUUGUUCUGUUCCUUUGCAGGUACACCUGGGUUUUGCAGUUGUGUUUUGUGAUUGCUGAAGUAUUGUCCAAUGAUUGGUUUUCCUAUAUGAAGGGACUGAAUUUUGCUAAUUAUAGAGAACUUACCGAGGAACUUCAAUUGAAUUUUCGUUGAUGCAGGAGUUCGUGGAUAUACUGGUGUAACUUGUCAAGUUCUUGACCUGACCUGAUUAAUUUCUGCUUGCAAGGAUGGGAGUUUACCUCAGUACUCCAAAAACCGAGAAGCUAUCUGAAAACGGGGAAAAUGAGAGACUUAAAUUUGGUCUUUCAUCUAUGCAAGGAUGGCGAGCAACCAUGGAAGAUGCCCACUCAGCAUUGCUAGAUCUUGAUAGUGAGACGGCAUUCUUUGGUGUUUUUGAUGGUCAUGGAGGAAGAGUGGUUGCCAAAUUCUGUGCGAAAUAUCUGCACAGUCAAGUUCUCAAAAGUGAAGCCUAUUCAACUGGGGACUUAGGCACUGCUGUCCACAGAUCUUUCUUCAGAAUGGAUGAAAUGAUGCGAGGACAGAGAGGUUGGCGAGAACUAUCUGCACUUGGGGAUAAGAUAAACAAGUUUAGUGGUAUGAUAGAAGGGUUGAUUUGGUCUCCAAGGGGUGGUGAUAAUCAACAAGAUGAUUGGGCUUUUGAGGAGGGACCUCACUCUGAUUUUGCUGGGCCGACAUGUGGGAGUACAGCAUGUGUAGCACUAAUAAGAAAUAACCAACUUGUUGUGGCAAAUGCUGGUGAUUCCCGGUGUGUUAUUUCAAGGGGUGGGCAGGCAUACAAUCUAUCAAGGGACCACAAACCGGAGCUUGCAGCUGAGAGAGAAAGAAUACUAAAAGCAGGGGGUUUCAUCCAUAUGGGACGAGUAAAUGGAAGUUUAAACUUGACAAGAGCAAUUGGAGAUAUGGAAUUUAAACAGAACAAAUUCUUGCCUUCUGAGAAGCAAAUUGUGACAGCAAAUCCCGACAUUAACGUUGUGGAGCUUUGUGGUGAUGACGACUUUCUUGUUGUAGCAUGUGAUGGCAUUUGGGACUGCAUGUCAAGCCAACAGUUGGUGGAUUUCAUCCAUGAGCAUAUAAACACGUGCCAGGGAGUGACAAACAAUGCCUGGGGCAAACAAUUGCAGGAGAGCAGCCUAUCUGCAGUGUGCGAAAGAGUGCUUGACAGAUGCCUGGCUCCAUCAACAAUCGGUGAAGGAUGUGAUAACAUGACCAUGAUCUUGGUGCAAUUCAGAAAGGCGGUCGAUCGGAACAAAAAGGUCGAAGUGGCGGAGCAAUCUGCCAGCAGCACAGAUGCGUCCGAGAUCCGUGUUGCCGAGGAGAACGGUUCUUGACGCUCGCAAGGAUGCAUACGUUUGCUUUCUGAAGCUGGGAAAGCGAAGACAUGUCACUGUACGUAUGUCAACUGUCUGACAUGCUGUGCACAUCCUGCCUGAGAACCUCAGAUAAUGGCAUUGGCUGCUGCAAUGGUGGAUCCCCCCAUCACACCUGUGUGCCAUCCUUCAUUCGUUGUCGUGCGAAAUUCGAGCAUUCCGGUUGCGGUUUCGGUCAAGGCCGCCCCUCCAAAGUGCACUGAAGCCGGUGUAUUCUGUGGUGUAGAAACAUUCGUGGUGCUGUAAACAAGUAUGGUUCCAUGCCUCACUAGGUUGUGCCUUCUUUCUGAUUACAUGGUAUGAUGCGUCAAGUUUGAAUCGGGUUUGUGUGCUGUUUGUUGGAUUGGAACUUCACGGUCAGGAUGCCCCGGUCAUGGCCGUGACCUUAUCGCGUUUCGGUGACGGUCAGUUUCAACUGUGAAGUGAGUGUGCUCUUGUGUUGAGAAUUCAGUUGCUGCUUUGGCCGUUUUCUCUGUA